AUGCCUCCAAAGCCUCCAAAACGAAACGUCGAAGACGAAAGUGAGGGCGCUCCACGACGACGAUCCAAACGCCUGCAACUUGCAAGAGACGACUCGGUCCUCGCAGCGGAGGCCAGUAAUCUUAGACUCAGUUCCGGUUCUGGUGAUAGUUAUGACUUGGACAAGCUCCCUUCUUCGGCCUCUCUGUUCAGGAACUCCCACAUUGAGAUAUUGAGAGUGAGAGUCAACCCAGCAUCUGCUGAGAGCGAUGUUAUACCAACAGUUGAAGUACUCAGAAAUCCAGAUUUGGACGUUGAAAAUAUUGACGGAAUUACGAAUAAAGUUCGCACUUUUUUUGCGAACCUGCAUGACGUCGUGAUGAAUGGCAUGCAGGUGGUGGGCACAGAGGAAACAUUCACUGAUACACUUGUGGACGAUCUACUGCGCAUCGUCGUUGGGCUGAAUGAUUGGCCCUUGAGGGUCAGAAAUCAUCCCUUAUGCAGAUUAUACAUUGAAGAUUCACCCCGUGUAUCGUCAGAUCCUGGAUUUGACAAACAUUUGAACAACGUCGGGCCAACCAGUGGAUUCGGAGAAUCCCAGAUCAGUGUGGAGAUUCUCGCUUGUGCAAAUGAGAAUAUGCGUAAAGAGGAAUAUCAAUAUCGGGAUCAGACGUUAUGGGCCAUUCGCACAAUUUCUCAUUAUGUUACGUUUUAUAAGGCCGAUAUUCCUGCCGAGUAUUGGAGAGAACUUGAACUUGGCGUGCCACAAGGUCAGUCUGUUGAGGUUCAAAGAUGGCCGCGUGAGAAUACUUUGUCGUCCGGUUUCGAUCUCGCUCAACCGGCCGGAAGACGAGCCGUGUUGAAAGCUUUAGUCCAAAUUAGGGAAUCACUUUGCAGGAAGAAAACGACGAUGACUGAAUAG